AUGCGGCCUGAUGACAUUAAUCCGAGGACUGGGCUGGUGGUGGCCCUGGUCAGCGUCUUCCUGGUCUUUGGUUUCAUGUUCACCGUCUCUGGGAUGAAGGGAGAGACGCUGGGCAACAUCCCCCUCCUGGCCAUCGGGCCAGCCAUCUGCCUACCAGGCAUCGCGGCCAUUGCCUUGGCCAGGAAAACCGAGGGCUGCACCAAGUGGCCCGAAAACGAGCUGCUGUGGGUCCGCAAAUUGCCCUGCUUCCGGAAACCCAAGGACAAGGAGGUCGUGGAACUGCUGAGGACCCCUUCGGACCUGGAGUCGGGCAAGGGCAGCUCGGAUGAGCUGGCUAAGAAGGCCGGCCUCAGAGGGAAGCCGCUGCCCCUGGGACAGGGUGAGGUGCCCAUGGCCAGCUCCAUCACCUCCCCCAGCCCCACCCCCACGCCCACGGAGGAGAGGGAAUGCCACAGCCUGGUCCCCAGCUGCCGUCCCGAGGAGACAUCCAGAUACCUGGACGGCUACUGUCCCUCGGGCAGUUCCCUCGCCUACAGUGCCUUGGAUGUCAAAGGCUCCGCCUGGGACAGAUCGGACUGCCCUGAGCCAGAGGAUAGCAUCUUCUUUGUGCCCCAGGACAGUGUGAUCGUUUGCUCCUACAAGCAGAACAGCCCGUAUGACAGAUACUGUUGCUACAUCAAUCAGAGCCAAGGCAGGUGGGAUCAUGAGACUAUAGUCUGAUCUUGGCAUCCAAGGGUCUGGUGGCUGUAUUGGUAGCAACAGGACGCUCAGCUCCCAAUGGGAGGAAGUUGCUCGGCUCCAACAAUCUACCCUGUCAGGUGUUGACCUGGUAUGUGGUGAGCAUGCACACCUCUGGUGCCUGAUAGUCGUGUACAUAGGCAUGAGGAGGACCCAUUUUAGGGGAAGUUGGAUGAGGAGUAAGGACACUGGAAGAAGUCCCAAUUGCUUCUGGAUAAUGGGAACAAAGUCCAAUGUUUGGUUGAGAGCAAGAUAAACUGAGAGUGGGCUGUAGAUGCCAGGCGUUAAAGGAGGCCUGGGCUAGCCACAGGAAGCCUGAGGUGCUUUGUAUCUGAAGAAACCAAAAGAAACAAAUCUAGGGCUUUGUGUUAUGAAAUUAUGUUUGCCUGUUGAAAAGCUUUCCACACUUAUUUGGUGAAAAGAGAAAAAAAUAGAGUCAGGAUAAUGAUUCUAUCAUUAAACCUUGGUUAGAUAGAAUGGAUUUUGGAGGAAGAGGAGUUAAAAACAGCUGAAUUGUAUGAUCUAGUUUAGUGGCGGUGUUCUCAGAGAAGAUGAGUGUGAUCAGUUACAUGAAAAAUUUAUUUUAAAUUGAUGUGCUACUUCUUAAACUCUGUUUAAAUUGAUUUCCUGAAUAUGUAUCU